AGUGAGACCUCACCAGCAGUAACGCAAUUUGAAAGAUGCUCUCCUCACAGAGGCAGUUUCUCCUCCCCAUCCUGGGGCUCCUGGCCCUGGCCGGACCAGCCUUCGGUGGCGUCAAGGAGGUGCACGACGUCUACGAGCUCUCAGGUCAGCCUGCCAUUCAGCCAAGGUUCUCCACGGAUGUGGCCAACGGCAAGUACACUCCACCGGAAGAGAUGGAUCCCCAGUUCUGGUACUCACUUGCCGACGAGGAGAUCACAAAGCGUCUUGCCCUGCCGCAACCCAGUUCCUUGAAGGCUAAGAAUGUUAUUAUGUUCCUGGGCGACGGAAUGCCCCUGGCCACCGUUGCAGCUGCUCGGAUCCUGAAGGGACAGCGUCAGGGCAAGACUGGCGAGGAGUCCUCGCUGAGCUUUGAGAGGUUCCCCUACACGGGAUUGAGCAGGACCUACUGCUCUAAUGCACAGGUGCCCGACUCCGCCUGCACGGCAACUGCCUAUCUUUGCGGCGUAAAGACCAACAUCAUCAAUAUUGGAGUCAGUGCCGCCGUCAACUACAACAACUGUACCGCUAGCCAGGAUCCAGCCAACCGCCUGACCUCCAUCGCGGAGUGGGCCCAGAAUGCCGGCAAAUCCACUGGCAUUGUUACCACCACCACCUUAACCCAUGCCAGCCCAUCGGGAGCCUAUGCCAAGACCGCCAACCGAAUGUGGGAGUGCGACUCGGAUGUGACCAGCUACGGCGCGGACGCCAGCACCUGCAUUGACAUGGCCACCCAGCUGGUGACACAGACACCCGGCAAGAACUUCGAGAUCAUGUUUGGCGGCGGCAUGGGCAAGUUCCUGCCCAAGUCCAUCACGGAUAGCCACGGAAAAGCCGGAGAGCGAUCUGAUGGUGUCAACCUGCUGGGCCGCUGGCAGGGACUACACGACGGCGGGGUUUUGGUCACCAACCGUGACCAGCUGCUCAGCGUAAACGUCUCGCGAGUGUCCAGCAUCAUUGGUCUCUUCCAGUCCAAGCUGAUGAACUUCCACAUGGACGCGGAUGAAACCUAUCAGCCCACCCUCUCCGAACUCACUGAGGUGGCCAUCAAGAAGCUAAGCCAGAACGAGGAGGGAUACUUUGUGUUCAUUGAAGGUGGUCUCAUUGACUAUGGCAAUCACUACACCCAACCGGGCUAUGCUCUGGACGAGGCCCUGGAAUUCGAGAAGGCCAUUCAACUUGCCCGAGACCUCACCAACAUCGAGGACACCUUGAUUGUGGUGACCGCUGAUCAUGGCCACGCCGUUAGCAUCGCUGGUUAUCCUGGCCGUGGAACACCCAUUCUGGGCAUUAAUCAGCACGACACCGAUCUUAAUGGAGUGAAGUAUGCCGUGCUUAAUUACGCAGCUGGUCCUAACCAGUAUCUGGACGAGACCGGACAACGCCUUCCCCUAGAAGACAUCUUGGUCUCCGACGACGCCAUUGCGCCCAGCUACAUUGCCAAGGAGCAAGGCGUGCACUCUGGUGAAGAUGUGGGCAUCUGGGCAUCCGGACCUCAGAGUCACCUCUUCACCGGCGUGAUGCAGCAGAGCACCAUUCCCCAUCUGAUGGCCUAUGCUUCCUGCAUUGGCAGUGGGCAGAAGUUGUGCGAUCGGGCGUGAGAGAUUCAUUGCCAGGGAAAUCCAAUUACAAGACUCAGGGAAAACCAAGCCAACCGAUUAUGAUGACGAUGUCUGGGUUACCUAGUAUACGAGGCAUAUUUUGUUGUAUUUUUCAACAAGACUCAGCAUUUGAGUCUUUAAUAAAAAAUGUACUAAGCAAUUUAAAA